AACGCCAUGCUACAAGAACCCUCAUUAUCUGAUUAUGCAUCCGAUUGGCUCAAUAAAUUCAUCCAAGCUGAUAACUGUUUUCGCGAUCUUCCAGCACUCCUCGAUUUACAGAAUUCCGAUUCGGUAACUGUCAGUGGUCUCAAUGAUUUGGAUUAUCCUGAGUCACCUGCUUAUUGUGGAGGACUCCUGGAAAUUAUUAAAACCUCAGCCCUCCCUGUUGAAUUGAUGGAAAAAUUCAGCUGCAUGAGGAAGAAUUGCUUAAUGGGUGUAUUCCCCGAUAUACAACGAGCCUGGGUAACCGUUGACAAUGAAUUAUUCCUAUGGGACUACGAUUCUGGAGAAGAUCUAGCUUUUUACGAUGGUAUGAGCGAUACAAUUAUUGCUGCUAAUAUUUCU